AUAAGAGAUAUCAAAGUCACAAACAAUACCCAAGAAGGAGCAACCAAUCUGAAUAGUGAAUACACAUCUCUCACUCCCACCUUCAUGGAUUCCCCUCAUCCUUCAAUCCGACGCAUCUCAGAAUGCUUUGUCAAACCCAUAUGCCUUCCCCAACAAUCAAAUCUCCCCUAUCAUUUGAUCCCUGGGGAUCUCGCCAUGCUCUCCGCCCACUACAUCCAGAAAGGCCUCCUCUUCCGUAAACCUUCCCAUCUCAAUCACUAUCCAAACCCUUUCAUGCUUCAUCUUCUUCACCGCCUUCAAAAUUCCCUCUCCAUUGCUCUCUUUCAUUUCUACCCACUCUCCGGCCGCCUUUCCACCAUUAAAAACGACCAACAAUCUUCGGUCUCUAUUUAUGUUGACUGCGUUAACAGUCCUGGAGCCAAGUUCAUCCACGCAGCCCUUGACAUCACAAUUUCCGAUGUUUUAUCCCCGGUCGAUGUGCCUUUACUGGUCCAAUCUUUCUUUGACCUUCACAAAGCUGUUAAUUACGACGGUCAUACCAUGCCUUUACUUUCCAUUCAGGUAACAGAACUAUUGGAUGGAGUAUUCAUCGCCUGUUCCUUCAACCAUGCCAUCGGCGACGGAACCUCCUACUGGAAUUUCUUCAAUAUGUGGUCGGAAAUUUUUCAAGCAACGUCAUCAGAUGGGGAUGAGAUUAUUUCAAUUUCCCGGCCGCCCAUUCUUAAGCGAUGGUUUCCUGAUGGGAUUGGUCCAAUUAUCAAUCUACCCUUCACUCACCCAGAUCAAUUUAUCAGCCGAUUCGAAGCACCGGAACUCAGGGAAAGAAUAUUCCACUUCUCGGCAGAAUCCAUUGCAAAACUGAAAGCAAAAGCUAAUGCAGAGUGCAAAGCAAAAGAAAUCUCCUCCUUCCAGUCGUUGUCUGCACUUGUAUGGCGAACCAUAACACGAGCCCGUCGCGUGCCUGAGAAUCAAAUAAGUAGUUGCAGUAUGGCGGCGAACAACAGAGGGAAAUUAGACCCAAAGUUGUCUGAAAACUACUUUGGGAACGUUGUAACAUCUGUAAAAGCAGAAGCAAAAGCAGGGGAGUUGGUUGAGCGAGGGUUGGGUUGGGCAGCCUGGAAGUUGCACGAAGUUGUGGUUCAAAACACAAACGAAAAGUUAAGAAAGGCGCUUGAUAAGUGGAUAGAAUCUCCAUUUACUUUUCAGUUGGGUCGAUUUUUUGACGCAUAUAGCGUCUUGAUGGGGAGCUCGCCGAGGUUCAAUAAAUAUGGGAAUGAGUUUGGAAUGGGGAAAGCAGUGGCGUUGCGGAGUGGAUAUGCCAACAAAUUUGAUGGCAAGGUUUCUGCUUAUCCAGGCUAUGAAGGAGGAGGAAGUAUAGAUUUAGAAAUAUGUUUGCUUCCACAAAAUAUGGCCAAUCUAGAGUCGGAUUUGGAGUUCAUCAAUUCCAUCUCUUCUCCACCUCACUUGUCAUUCAAUAAUGAUCUAUGAACAGAUUAACAAUUCAAUAAUAAUAUAAUGAUAUUCAAGAAUAAUUCUAAAAAUACUAAUUCAACUACAUUAACGACUAAACAAAUAUUAAACUUACUAAAAAAACUAGAAAUUACUAAAGGAGACAUAUGAGAUGUAUGAGAGAAAUUUAUGAGUAUUUUGACAAGAGUUUGCUCU